UGGAAAGAGCUGCAAUAUGAUUGGCUGCCUCGGACAUUCUGAAGACUGUGGCGUCUGAUUGGACAGUGGGCUAAUACCAGGAAGCUAAACGGAAGGUAAACAAACCGUUGUGGAGAAUUUCGUGCUUAGCUGCAAGCUAAAGUGCUUUAAACCCUUUGAGUGUUUGUUGGGUUUGUUUUAAGUUCAUCCGGGAGUCAUGAACAGCUUCCAGGCCGCCAGCCCUCCGCUCUCUGCUGCUGUGACCCAGAUGUUCAACACGCUGGAGUCGGCUGCAGAACAAAUGAUGGUGCACAGAGACUUCCAAGCGGCUUUUGACACAUGUCUCAGAGGUCUGGAGAGUCUCGCCGCCCUGGAGCCCGAGGACAGCAGAUGUGCAGAGCUCAAGGCUGGUUUCUGCAUCUUAGGGAUUCAGGCUCUGGCUGAGCUCAAUCAGUGGCGUGAUGUCCUCUGCUGGGUCCUGCAACAGUAUGAGCAGGAGAAAAUACCAGCGAAGAUCAUGCAGAUGUGUAUACUUCUUUACUCCAAGGUGGGUGAGCCUGCUGUAAUGCAGGAGGUGACCAGAGCCUGGUUACACUACCCGUCCAACAGCAGGGCAACUAGCUUCGGGACGGUCGCAGAGCUGUACCUGCUGCAUGUCCUUGUGCCACUGGGAGAGGCAGACGAGGCUCGGGAGCUGAUCAGAGGCGAGGUUUUUAGCAGCGCCUUCACAGAAGAACACAGACAGACAGCGCUGGAGAUCAUAGAAGAAAAAGAGCGACAAAAUCAAGACCCUCCUCUAAAUCCCAGAAUGAAUGGAAGCUCUGACAUAACUGAACAUCCUGUCUCAUCCCAAGGUACUUUAGUCCAUAAACUUGAGGCUGUGAUCAGGUUUUUAUACCGAAAACUCCUGAUGAUUGGCUCUGGCUCAUUCUCUUUCCGGAGAAUCUUUCUGACUGCCAUCCUCCUCUACAUGCUCUUUUUUCGGAUGGAUCCAGCUCUCCCGUCUGCGUUCAUGUGGAUUUCGAAACUUCUGCAGCUGCUCAAACAGAUGUGGAACGCCAUGUUUGCACCGUAUUAUCAGGCAGUCACUCAGAGCAAAGGACUGUAGAGGACUGAAUAUGCUAGGUCUAUCAUUUUAAAUGAAUUCUCUAAGGACUGUUUGUAAGACAACAUGGAUGAUAUUCACGUCAGAUCUAUAAAACAUUUAAAGCGUCCUCAUUCCAGGAAAAUUGCAUUUUUUUUUUUAAGCUGCAGACUCUUCAGCUCACAUGACACAGCUUCCCAUAAAUUCUGCCCAGCUCCUCGCUAAUACAUCCUUUGUUUGUCCAUCUCAAAGCAACACAUGAAUCAUCAAGAGUCUGAUGUGUUUUUUUUUCCUUUCCUUUUUUAAGUCUGGGAAGUGACUCACUGUUCUGGUUCAGAGUACCUAGAAUGAUGAAUAGGGGUAAGGAAACAGUUGCAGUCAGUGUAUCCCUGUAGGAAUAUGAAAUUUGUUAAAUGAUUAUAACAAUAGUUAUAAUGGUCAGUUUAAGUUUUGUGUACUGCAAUGUGCUGAAUUCCUGUGGCUGCAAAACAAGCCUAAACCAUGACCCCUCUGCCACUGUGCAUGACAUGAGGUGUUUGUCCUGACAUGCUGUGUCUGGUUUUCAACAAACAUGGUGCUCUGCAUUACAGCCAAACAUUGCCACUUUGGUCUUGUCUCUCCAAAGGACAUUUCUAGAAGUGUUGCAUUUGACAUGCUAACUGAGGCCGGUAGAGUCUGAGAUGUAUUUGUUUGCACGUCCAAGAUCAUGCACUGGGUGUGGAAUUUGCUGGGAUGUUUACUCCUGAGAAGAUUGGCGACCGCUUUGAAUGUUUUCCAGUUGUGAAUAAUUGUUCUCACUGCAAAAUGAUGGACUUCAGAUUGUUUGGAAAUGACCCUAUAACCUUUCCCAGAUCGAUGGGAAGCCGCAGUUACUUUUUUAACUCUUUCCUCCACAAUUACAACAUUUGAAAACAACAUUAAUAGGUGUGAAAGGUGGACAGAGAUGAUGUUUUUCCUCCUUGGCGCUGUGUUAACACACCGGAAUGCUCCAGUCCAGCAAACUGCCAAAACCUCAGCUUUUAUAGAAGUGGUCAUGAUCAAUUAAUCAAGUGCAUUUGAUUAUCAAUAUGUUACCCUCUUAAUUCAAAUGGAAGCUGUCAGAUUGUACUUAGUUUUUCACAGGACUGGAUCUCAAGAAAAUGCACUCACAAUGUAAAAGUGAAGAUAUUUGUUCUGCAUUUAAGUGUCCCUGUGACUGUUCUUAUGUAUUAUUUUAUUGAUAAUUCUCAUAAAUGAACCUUAAAUUUUUAAAGGUUAAUCAAUUUGGAAUUAGAAUUUUGAAUUAUAUGUGUGGAUGUGACAGCAUGUGUAAAAGGACAGAAUCCAGUCACCGUAUUUUUUUUUUUCUAAUGGAUGGAUAGGUUGGUGGUGCGUUGGUGGUUCUUUGUGUCCGGGGAUGGGCGUCCAGGUACACACCGGCUCACUCCUUGGUGGCUGCUUAUCGGGGCCUGGAGCCUGGGGCUCGCUCGGGCCACUUCGGGGGUGGGGUGCCCUCGGCCUCUCGGCCUGGGGCUCGGUCACUCAGGCACAGCUGGCUGCCGGCGGAGCUCACGGGCACGUCACUGCAACCCCCCCUGGCUUCUGCUCCGCGGCUGCUGAGUGACCCCUCAUCUGGGACUCUCCUCAGCUCUUUCUGGGAUAGUGGCACGGCUGCCCCUCUGUUGGUCUUCCUUGGUCUCUUGUGUUCUGGGGGCCUCUGGAUGUCUGGAGUUUUGAUCUCCUCCAUACCUGCUUCAUGCCCUGGAGGAUGGGGCCGUGGCCCCCCACACCCUCUAGCAGAUCAUUACAUGAAAUAACCUUUUAAAAACAAGCGCAUUCAUGCUCACAGGUGUACACACGGGUGCUCACACACACACAAACUACACCCUUUUUGGCUCCUACCUCAAAGCACAGUGUGCGCUGUCGAUCUUACGUGCUGCACAAUAAUGUUUAAUAUUAAGUAUUUAGUGUUAUAUUCCCAUAUAUCAUCGUGAUGUUGUUUAUUCUAUUGCUCUCGUUUUCUUCUGCUUGUUUUCUUUUUUCUUUCUCAACAGGUGAUCCAGGUGAUCGAUAUAUGUAUUUUUUGUCUGCUUAUUUUGUUGGUUUUUGUUUUUUGCCCUUUAUCCCCGUCCCUCUUCUCCGCUGUUUUUUUCCCCCCUCUUUCUUUCUCAUUCAAGUCUGUCCCGUAUCUAGCAAGUGAAAAUAAAAAAUAAAAUAAACAAUAAAAGGUGAAUCAAAUAGACCAUUACGGCAAGGUUGGGAUGGUCCAUUUGGUAAAGUAAAUCCGUUGGGCAUCUUUCUUCGCCUUUAGACAAUAAUUCUAAUGGCAAAAGAACCAAACGGGACAGGCAAAAAAUAAAAAAAAUAAUGGAUGGAUAGGUAGUUAAGUAACCGGUUACCUAACAUGCUGUCAGGCCUUUCCAAAAGUAUCAUCAGUAAAAAUUUAAAGAGGGAAAAACAAACUUUU